CAUGAUACCAAGUUACCAACAUCUAUUGGACAUUUCCAAUCUUGUAGUCCUAUGACUCCUAUCCAGUAUCCAUCCACCCCAAAUAUUCCCAAUCUCACUUCCACAUAAAAAUGGCAAAUUCCAACAACACCCUUCCUCUUCCACCACCGGAACCCCCCACCACAGGCGACCCACUAAAAAACCUCUCAGCGAUCCGCCACCGAGUCGACUCACUGAGUCACAUCCUAUCAAACUCGGUCAACGGCAACACCCCACUCUCAAGACCCGAAUCCGAUACGAUCUCAUCCGAGUUAACCUCCGCCAUCCAUCACAUCAUCAUCAAUGGCGCAGCCCUACUCUCCUCCUCCUCCCACACCCCAAAAUCAGACGCCCAAGAUUUCGAGAUCGUUGAGCUUGACGUGAUGGAACUCACAGCAGAUCACUCGCACACAUGCCAUGUUUGCGGGAAAGGGUUCAAACGAGACGCUAACUUACGGAUGCACAUGCGCGCACACGGUGAGAAGUUCAAAACCCUCGAAUCUCUCUCCAACCCCAACAACAACCACAACAACAACAACAACGUUAAAGUGAGAUUCUCGUGUCCUUAUGUCGGGUGCAACAGGAAUAAGAAGCAUAAGGAUUUCCGACCGUUGAAAUCGGUGGUUUGUGUGAAGAACCAUUUUAGGAGAAGUCAUUGUCCGAAGAAGUAUUCGUGUAGUCGAUGUAAGAAGAAGUGUUUUUCAAUGUUGUCAGAUUUGAAGAAUCAUAUGAAACAUUGUAAUGUGGAAGAUGAGAAUCAGUGGAUAUGUUCAUGUGGGAUCAAGUUUUUGAAAAAAGAUGACUUGUUUGAGCAUAUGGGAUUAUUUGAAGGACAUAUGCCAAUUGCUGAUAAUAACAAUAAUGAUGCUAAUUUUGGAUUGAUUGAGGUUGAGGAUUAUCAAGGAUUGCCAGAAAUGGAUCUGUGGUCUUCAAUUGAGGAUUUGGUUCGUUUCUGAUUGUAGGUGUUUGUUUUUGAGUUUUUGUUCUGUUUUUUGUUUACUUGGAUUGUUUUUUGUAUGUUGUUAUACAUAUGGUAGAAUACUUCGAAAUUUUGGAUUUUAUUUGAAGUGACCGCAUAAUUUUUGUUAA